CGAAAUCGCUCUCCGUCAUCUGGCAAGAUGUUCAAGAGCGGCAUUUCUUCCUUCGCCCGAGCGGCUCGCCCUUCUUUCGCGGCGACCGCCUCUCCCCGGGUCAUCAGGCCCUCGACCCUCAGAUUCCCUGUCGCUUCCCGAUUCGCGAGCACUUCGAGCGUCGGUGAUGGCAAGAUCUACCAGGUCAUCGGUGCCGUUGUCGAUGUCAAGUUCGAUGGCGCCCGUCUUCCUCCCAUUCUGAACGCUCUUGAGACCACCAACAACGGCAACAAGCUUGUCCUUGAGGUCGCGCAACAUCUUGGCCAGAAUGUCGUCCGCUGCAUUGCCAUGGACGGUACCGAGGGUCUUGUCCGUGGCCACCCGGCCUCCGACACUGGUGCCCCCAUCACCAUUCCCGUCGGUCCCGAGACCCUGGGUCGCAUCAUGAACGUCACUGGUGACCCUAUUGAUGAGCGCGGUCCCAUCAAGACCAAGAAGACGCUGCCCAUUCACGCCGAGCCCCCUGCGUUCACCGACCAGUCCACCACUGCCGAGAUUCUCGUCACUGGUAUCAAGGUCGUCGAUCUCCUUGCCCCCUACGCCCGUGGUGGUAAGAUUGGUCUGUUCGGUGGUGCCGGUGUCGGCAAGACCGUCUUCAUCCAGGAGCUCAUCAACAACAUCGCCAAGGCUCACGGUGGUUACUCCGUCUUCACUGGUGUCGGUGAGCGUACCCGUCGCCCUCGUCUUCGGUCAGAUGACGAGCCCCCCGGAGCCCGUGCCCGUGUCGCUCUUACUGGUUUGACUAUUGCCGAAUACUUCCGUGACGAGGAGGGCCAGGACGUGCUUCUCUUCAUCGACAACAUUUUCCGUUUCACCCAGGCCGGUUCCGAGGUGUCUGCCCUGCUGGGUCGUAUCCCCUCUGCCGUCGGUUACCAGCCCACCCUUGCCAUUGACAUGGGUGGCAUGCAGGAGCGUAUUACCACGACCCAGAAGGGUUCCAUUACCUCCGUCCAGGCUGUCUACGUCCCUGCUGACGAUUUGACUGAUCCUGCUCCCGCCACCACCUUCGCCCAUCUUGACGCCACCACUGUCCUGUCCCGUGGUAUCUCCGAGCUGGGUAUCUACCCCGCCGUCGACCCCCUCGACUCCAAGUCGCGUAUGCUUGACCCCCGUAUCGUCGGUCAGGAGCACUACGACACCGCCUCCGCUGUCCAGCAGAUUCUCCAGGAGUACAAGUCGCUCCAGGACAUCAUCGCCAUUCUGGGUAUGGACGAGUUGUCUGAGGCUGACAAGCUCACCGUCGAGCGUGCCCGUAAGAUCCAGCGUUUCCUGUCGCAGCCUUUCACGGUCGCCCAGGUCUUCACUGGUAUCGAGGGUCAGCUCGUUGACCUGAAGGAGACCAUCGCCUCCUUCAAGGCCAUCCUCAACGGUGAGGGUGAUGCCCUUCCCGAGUCCGCCUUCUACAUGGUCGGUGACCGACUCCGCCAGGGCGAAAGGGUGAGAAGAUCCUUGCGGGAUCUUGAGAAGGAACUAAAGUGGCCCGGGAAGUCGAUACCUACGAAAGCGUUGCGUCGUUCUGAUGGGGUCCUGGCCUGUGUAUAG